AUGGUCCUCCACAAUCCCAACAACUGGCACUGGGUGAACAAGGACGCUUCUGGCUGGGCCAAGGCGUACCUUGAUCAGAACCUCACUGUCAUCAGUGCCGAAGAAGGGGGUGUGUCAGCCAAAGUAGACAAGGUGGUGUCCAUGAAUGGCGACGUAGACGUCAGCCAGCGCAAGGGCAAGGUCAUUACCCUGUUCGAUGUGAAGCUGUCGCUAGAGUAUUCAGGUAAGACCAAGGACGCCGAGGAGGUCAGCGGUUCCAUCAGCAUCCCCGAGGUAGCCCACGAUACCGAGGAAGAUGAGUACGUCUUCGAGAUUGAGAACCAUGCCGAUGCCACCUCUAAGCAGCCCGUAAAGGAUCUGGUUCGCUCCAAGAUCCUCCCUCAACUCCGUGUGGCCCUCGCAAAGCUCACUGGCGCCCUGAUCGCCGAGCACGCCAAGGAUCUCCAGCAUGCCCCCGGCACCAACCCAUCCAGCGGCUUCACUCCUGCUUCUGUCCACCCUCAAGCCGACAAGAAGGAGACCACCGCUACUGCAACCACCACCACAUCCUCCGGCAAGGUCGCCAUUAACACCACCACUGUGACAGCGUCAGAUGAGUUCCGCACCACUGCCGAGGAGCUCUACAACACCUUCACCGACCCCCAGCGCAUCGCAGCUUUCACCCGUGGCGCACCCCGCCUGUUCGAGGGUGCAAAGGUUGGCGGCAAGUUCGCCAUCUUCGACGGCAACGUCACCGGCGAGUUCGUCAAGCUCGACCAACCCAAGCAGAUUGUCCAGAAAUGGCGUCUUGCGCAGUGGCCCGCCGACCACUUCAGUACCCUGCAGAUCAACCUGGACCAGAACAACGUCGACGGUGUGACCCAGAUGCGCGUCGAGUGGUCCGGUGUCCCCGUUGGCCAGGAGGAUGUCACCAAGCAAAAUUGGGAUAUGUACUACGUUCGCAGCAUCAAGCAGACUUUCGGCUUUGGCACUAUUCUCUGA